AGAGUGCGAGUGCAGUAGUAGGGUAUGGUGGGGAAGUGAGGAUGGCCCGCGGUGGAAAGAAGAGGGAGUACAAAAGAAAGAAAAUGUUAAAUGUUGAGGAAGACAGUUAAGAUUAAUGGCGGGCAUGAAAAUAGUGUUUCGUGAUAUUUUUUUUCACGAAUUCAAAAUUUUAAAAUUAAAUUAUUACAAAUAGUGUUAAAAUAUCUCAAUAAAAAUAUUCAAUAAAAGUUAUUUUCCCUCAAUUUCUAAUGACGACUAUCUUCAUGGACUUUCGACACUGUCGACAGUGUGCUGGGUUCCCUUAGGUCGCCAUAUUUCUGUGUCGUGCCGUGUAAGUAGUAUCAUAUUGUAUUAAAUACGUUAACACUCUCAUGUGAAGAUUCAUUAAAUAUGUUAAAAGUGUUGUGGUAUAUCAUUCUAUUUGACAAGAGUUAAAAAUGAAAUUAAAAGAUAUGGUUCUGCUGUUUAUUUUCAUCAUGCUAGAGGGAAAAGAUCAUCGUCACUGGUGUUUCAAAAUGAUAGAAAACUGGAGUGCUGAUGUCCAUUUAUAACUAUGGCUUUGCUACAUAAAUGUAUCGUUUUUUGUUAAUUUACAAGUCAUGUGUCCGUUUGGUAAUGCAUCAGUGUUUAUCAAAGUUUAAUUAAAAAGACGUUUAUCAGAAGAAUAAUUAUGUCUACAAAAACGGAGUUUGUCGGUUGUCGACAUAACUUUUAUGGCGAGCAUCCUAAUAAGUAUACACUGCCUGGCGUUUCUUUUUUUGAUUCGUCUGCAUAUUAUCGGUGUGAAAAAACUUUAUAAGAGCGAAGGAAAAAAAUUAAAAGGACAAACGAAAUUUCAUAGCACAAAUUAAUUUAUUCCCGUAUCGGGAAAAACGAGGGAGCAACGACAGGGGCGCUGCGAGCACUGGAAGCGCGAUACUUCCUACUUAAGGAAACAGCACAAUGGCUGAGGACCGAAAUAAUUCUCAAGGGUUGGUUGGGCAGGCGCACACGAUAGAACAUGGUUCGUCUCCACCUGCAGCGUCGACACUGUCAACAGGAGCAAAUGUCGGAAUCGUGGCCGGUGUCACAACAGCGACAACGAAGGAUAAUCCAUCGAUUCAAGAUAAUUCGCCGCCUCGAAGUCCAAGAACAUUGUUGUUGCAGCGUGGAGAGAAUGGUUUUGGCUUCACUCUUCGUCAUUUUAUCGUUUAUCCGCCAGAAUCUUGUUCCAUGCUACCAGAUCACGAACGAACGAAAAUAGAUGAGCCAAUGGAUACGAUAUUCGUGAAACAAGUACGCGAAAAUUCUCCUGCAGCCGAAGCUGGUUUACGAACAGGUGAUCGGGUGGUUUCCGUUGACGGGAAACCAACACGCGGUGAACAAUAUGCAAAAGUAGUUCAACGUAUUCAACAGGCAGGGCCUUGGCUACGACUUCUGGUCGUUUCCAAGGAGGACGAUAUUUUACAACGAUAUUUCGGCGAGACGGCUCACAAUCCUGAAACGAAUCAACGACCGCGGUUACGUUCUCCUGAAAGAAGUGGGCAGCACAGGCAGCGUAGAUCGGUCAGUAUGAUUCCUGGUUUAUCGCCAAGGACAAGACAAUCUUGGGUUUGUUCGGCGCCAAGUUCGAUGCCUGCGCCGUUAUGCCAGGAUCAAGAAUUAACUCGACCAUCGUUGAUCGACGAUGGUGUCUCCAGUCGGGAUCAAGAUUUUUCCGAAGAGAUUCAACAAUCGUCUGAAUGUAACGAUAAAACGCAAUCGGCUAAAAAUAUGAUUUAUCGUUCCAAACCUUCUCAAGAAAUAAUUAGUCGUUACGAGUCGGUGGAAGAUAACAAAGUAAAAUUACGAAAUCAGCCACAACAAUUAGGAAAAGAUACAUCGAAUUUAAUGCAAUCGUACGAUAGAUCGAUGCAAUCUGAUAUUAAGUAUAACGAUAAAUACGAUCAUUUUGACAGAACCCGUUCCGAAUCUAUCUAUUCGAGAACCAAUAGUGAUCAGAUUUACGAUCGGAUCAAAGAUCCGAUAUACGAACCCGUUCGAUUCGGGGAAUCAUUAAGAACGAAUAUCGAUCAUCAUUCUUCUCAUCAUCAUCAUCAUCAUCAUGUUCCAUUAUCCCGAGCGGAGCCGCAAGUACCUAUUUAUCGGCCUGUUUCGAAAAGAAUCAAUUCACGUCGCGCCAGCGAAGGGAGUACUAGUGGGUCGAUGAUUAAUAAUUUUGAAACGGCAAGCUAUCUUAGCACAGAUGCGCUUAGAUCCUGCGAGCCACGUUCCAGAUUCGGUAUCGAUUCCAGAAGGGAUUCUUCUUCGAUCCAUGCCAACGAUCCAUCCUCUUACGAAUCCAGUUCUACUCUAGUCGGGAACGAAGGGAAUGAAAGUAGGAACGAAAAUGGAAGGAAUGGAAAUUUGAGCGGCCACAGAACGAAUAGUGGAACGAGUUCAACUGGCGGAAUAAAUAUAGGAAAUAUCGAUGAUUCGAUUAUCAUGACGAGGCUUCGCAAAAGUUUCGAGCAAAAGGAAGAAUUUUUACGACGACCGAGCCAACCGAUCGGUUGGUUUCUACCUGAAGAGAGAUCGGAAUCUCCUGUUCGAAGCAAUAACAACGGAACUGUUAUUCCAAGAGAAUUCUACGCGAGACCGCAGAAAUUUCAGAAACAAGUUUGGCCACCGACCGAUUCGAAGCAAGAUCAACAAUUGUCGAUAUUGAAAAGUGCUCAAAAUAGUAACAGAACUUUUCCUGGAAAACUUGUGUCCGAUCCAAAAUCCUCGUCUAAUCAGAACGUUCAAAGAACGAAGAGCAGUAACGAUGGGGCAGAAGAAAUUGAUUAUUUUACUUGCCGAAAUGAACAAAUCGAAGAAACUUCUAACACGACUCAUCCUCUGGAGUAUAUGCAUCAGCAAAUUGUAACACCUAACGUAUGUGAUCGUUUAAGUACUCCGUCCAGCUGUGACGAUAAUCGAGAUUCGAAAGAAUCUGAUAAACAUCAGCAACAAUUACAACGAAAUAUAGGCAAAUCGAGCAAUUUUGUCGGAACUUUGUCUAGAAUACACGAAAAUAUAGCGAGCGUGGGCGCUUUACUUUCCGGUGAACGACAAUCUAUAGAUGGGAGAAAUGGCGCUUCUUCUUUACCUUCGUCUCCUGGGCCUGAGAAAAAGAUGAAUGAUAAAUUUCCUGUACUUCCGCAAGGACUUCAAAUCGUGUCGAAGCGAGCGAAACAAUUCGAAUCGGGACGACUUUUGAGCGACGACGAUGAACCGACCGGUGAUCGUACUAAUCUUUAUCGAAGUGAACUUUCAAGAUUGUCGAACAAACGUAGCGUACCAAAUGUUGCUGUUCGGAAAAGAGAAUUCGAAUCGAAAGCCGAAGCUCAAGAACCGAGGAGAUUACCACCUGUAUCGACAAGGGAAACUAAAUCUUUGGACAGUGGUAGCGGAUUAAAAGGAAACAGAGUAAUUCCCAUAGGCAGCAAACAGAUCCAUUGUGAACCGCCAAUCAACUAUAAUACCUUAGAAGAAACAUCGAAUCCAAGAAUCAUAGAUGGGGAACAUGCACAAUCGAGAAUUCGUAGUAAUAGCGCAGAAUCAUGGGAAUCGACGAGUGCGAAUAACGUGUUAGAAACUGCUAGGCAUCAUUGGUCACGAAGACAGGACGACACUGAACGAAAGCGUAAUAUAAACGGAAAUGAUGAUGGCAUUUAUGUGGAUACAACUAGAACUAGCGACGAAAAUACGAUAAUUGUCGAGAAAGGAUCUAGAAAUCAACAAGAUGAUUAUACGCAAAUCAUCAAAACUGAACAUGGUAUAUUACCAUCGGAUAACGAUACGCACAAUAACCAAGUUGUAUUCAGACGACAAAAGAAUACGCAAAUCGCAGAUGAAGAUCGUGCCACAAGAAGAGUGUCUUACUUAAAAGCAACUUGGAACGAAAGAAUCCAUGUUGAUAGUGAUUUGGAAUUAAGCGAUUACGAGCCUGUUAUUCAUACUUCUAGAAGCAUUCAUAAGAGAUGGCGGCUACCGUUACUUCCAAACGAUAUAGCAUCGCUUCGUCGCAUCUUCGAGGAAGUGACUCAAUCUGCAAGUUUAAACAAAAAUAUUAAUCGCGGCAACAAUCGGGAACCAACUGUCACGGAUAUCGUAAAAGAUGUUGGUCAAAUGGAACGAGAAGGACCUCUGCAUGUAAAAUUUACCGUAUUGGAUGGAAAGCGAUCUUCCGAUCGUUCGUGGAAACAGUUGUGGGGUAUUCUUCGUGGACCUAUUCUCUUCUUUUACAAGGAUCGUCAAAAUCAGAGUCCUUCGUUGGCCUGCGACGGUGAAAAUGUAGCUCAAAGCGUGGAUGUAAGAUGUUCCCUUGUAGAUAUCGCAGAGGAUUACACGAAACGUAAACACGUGUUACGAUUGGCCAAUCCAAACGCAGAAGUUUUACUGCAGACCGAAGAUGCAGCAUCCAUGGCACUUUGGUUACGAGCAUUACACGAACAUGCUGCCGCUGAAAAACCAUCUGAAAUUGCCCAAAAUAGCACUUUGAAGCAACAAGCUGUCCCACAAACACCAGGACCUACGAAUAGUUCUUCGCCAUGUCAAAUGAACUCUGUAACAAUGACAGUAUCGACUAGUAGUGGUAGCGGUAGUCAACGAUUGAGUCCUCUUCCAGGACACAAAGGUAUCAAGAAAUUAACUUCCUUUAGGAACAGAUCUCCGACCGGACAAUCGCCGAUAAAUAAGACUCGAAAACCGAGUCAAACGAUCGAUAAUUUGGUUUCUCCAAAAACUAAGACAUGGAAAGGUAGAGUCGCAAAACAGUUACGAAAAAUGCACGGUCAAACAGCAUCUCCUUCAUCCCCAACCACGCAAUUACCACCAGAGGGUGCUACUUUUAAAGUACCACUCGAACUCUGUCCACCGUCAUCUUUCUCAGAAUAUGUACCAUUGAUCGUCGAAAUGUGUACCAGUAUUGUCGAAGCGAGGGGUCUUGAAGUGGUUGGCAUUUAUAGAGUACCCGGUAAUACCGCUGCUAUUUCACAUUUGACAGAUAGCGUGAACAAAGGUUUCGAAAAUAUCAAUCUCCAGGAUCCUAGAUGGAGCGACGUAAAUGUAAUAUCUUCUCUUCUUAAGUCCUUUUUUCGGCAACUCCCGGAUUCGUUGCUUACUGCAGAAUUAUAUCCUAUGUUUAUCGAUGCUGAUAAAGUCGAAGAUCCCCAGAGGAGAAUGACAACUAUAAGAAAGUUGCUGAGAGAUCUUCCAGAACAUCAUUUCGCAACUCUUAAAUAUUUAAUGUUUCAUUUGAAAAGAAUAGUUGAGCAUAGCGAGGUUAAUAAAAUGGAAGCAAAGAAUUUAGCCAUCGUAUUCGGCCCCACUUUGGUUAGAGCAAGUGGUUCUCGGGACAAUAUGGUUACUAUGGUUACCGAUAUGUCGCAUCAAUGUCGGAUCGUCGAGAGCUUACUAAACAACGUUGAUUGGUUCUUUUCGGACGAUGAUUUGGAUGAUUUAAGUAGAUUGAGCGUUAAUCUUAGUCUUCCAGCAGACACUAGCGAAAUUGAGACAACUUCCAGUAAUAAUCAUAAUCUCUUGUUGAACAAUAUUCAGAAAGUCGAAGGAGUACGUGAAAUGGCAUCCGCCAAAGACAUCGUGUCGUCCAUCAUAUCCGCUGCUAAUCGAAAAAUACAAAGAAGGAGAAAAUGUCAAGAUGAGACGGAUAACGAAACUCACGAAGUCGAUAAGCCGAGGAUGAAGCAAGAUACGGAAAAUCUACAAAAUCGACGAAGCAUGGCAUUGAACGAGAGGCAAUGUUCGGUCAGUGAAAUCGUUUUGAUGCACGAAAAUCAAAAUCAAUCGAAUCGUUCCAUCGAUCGUUCCACUGAUCGAUCCGACGAUCGAUCACCGACGCUCGAUGGUGUUGCACAUGCCAGCACCGAUGAUAUAAUAGCCGAUUGUGCCAUUACCAACCGUGAUAUGUUAAAUAAUCACGAUAAUGUCGUUCCUUCCGAAAAGUCAAACAAAUAUUUAAAUCGUGCAAUAGAGUCGGUUCCAUCGAUGCAAUCACCGAUUCAUCGCUCGACCGUCUCGUCGACUUCGGAGUCGUCCCGACUCUCUAGCGAGACUGGCCUGAGCUGCUUCGACGCAAGUUCGACACUUUCGAGUGCCUCGAAUGACACCAAGCAAAGCAACGACGAGAUCACGAUAAGAACUUACGCUGGUUUGAGCGCAACCACUCAAGAACGUAUACGAAGAUUCGAACAGGAGACGAAAGCGAUGCUGCAGAGAGAUCAAAAUCGACAGAGGCGAGAAGCUGAAAGGAGAGAGGAAGAACGGCGGAGAAUCGAGACGGAAUGGCAAUUGGCUAAAAAUGAAAUGGAAAACGACGAUUUGCUCGAUAGCAUAGUCGACACUACUGUAAUGACGCCUACCACUUAUCUUUCAUCCGCGACGAGACUUUCCAACUUUAACGAUAAAUCUUAUCUCGACAUCGGCUCUCGAUCGACUGGUCGAGUGCCGCAUCUUUCGAUAGCUGUACAACAACAACCUACGUCCGUUAGACGAGUAUCGCUACUCGCAAACGAAUCCACUACGAUUUUACCUCAAGAAAAUAUUUCUGACAGUACUAUAAAAAAAUUGAAAACAGAUACCGAACAAAUAUUGGAAGGUUCAACGCUAUCGUCUAUUCGUUACGGUAGCUUAGACUCUCUGCACGAAACGCACGAAAUUUCUCAAUCGUCACUUUCGCCGACCAAUCAGCAACGGAAACCGCUUUCGAGCGAUGUCUCGGACGAUGCUGGAUCUUGUUUUCUACAAUGGACUCAGAAGAUUCUGACCAUUAACAAAAAGCUUUCUAGGCAAACGGCAAAUCCCGGUUUCUGGUGGUACAUAUCAUCUCACCUACACGGUACCGCAAGCCCCCCUGGCCCCGCCUCGAAGACAGCGGGCCCAUCGCCAAUGCCGAUGUCGAUGCCGAUGUCAAUACCACUGUCAAUGCCAAUAUCAAUGCCGAUGUCGAUACCAAUGCCAAUGUCGAUGCCAGGGCGAAUGCAAGUACCAGGGUCAGUGUCAGACGCAGACGACAUCGACGUCGUGCAACGAUCAUCGACACCCAUCGCAUCCUCUUCGAGAGUACCGGCCUCGGAGCCCUCCGAAUUCUCGGAGCCUAUCGAGCCCGUCGAGCAGUCACCACCGCGAGGGGUGUCUUCGGGCUCAGGGGCCGGAUUGUCUUCCAAGACUUUAAACAGAUUUCUUCGAGGUAGUGAUCUCUUGACCAGUUUGACGACUACGUUCGAUCGUAAAUGGAGAUCCCUGGUAAACUCGUCGAAUCAAACGAUUCGUGGAACUACAAUGGAAAAUUUGUCCUUAAGCGACGAGGAUGCUGUGAUAACACAGAGAGAUUCACAAAACUUGCGAAAUCAACGAGGAGGAGGAGGAGGAGGAGGAGGAGGAGGAGGACUACGAGAAGACAAGGAUCAGGAAAAAACGACCAUUCCUCAAUCUUCUUUCUCGAUUGAAAGUUAUCGAGAUCCGAGUCUCCAUAAAAUGUGUAUUGAAAAGCAUCAAUAUGAUCGGCAAAAAAAUGAUGCUCCGGAAAAGGAUACGGAUUCAUCGGUAACGGAGAAUAGUAGCGUCGAUCGAUUGGACGACGAUUCCAUACCGGACAACGAUCGAAGUGCUAUCGCGCGAAAAAAGAUUGAAUCGAGCAAGGAAACGGUUUAUGAAUCAUCUCCGGAUACGAAUCAAGCGCAAGAAUACUGUAGAAUCGAAAAAGAAGCAUCGGUAAAUUUAUCACAAAGUGACAAAGUAGCUGAUGAUGCGAAAGAUUUGAAUCGACGCGAUGUCGAUUCAAAUUAUUCGAACAAGCUUGAAAAAUUUGAAAGUCUAACAAAAUUUGAAGUGAGAUCACGAUUAAAAAGAUCGGAAUCUUUGAAUAAAAGAUCAGAAAAUACUUCGUCCAAAUUAAAAAGAUCCGAAAGUUUGAACAAACAUUCUGUCGAAAGGCUCUCAUCUCCGACCAAUGGCAAGUUGAAGCGAUCCGAAAGUUUGAACAAACAUUCGGAGAGAUCUGAUUCUCCGAAUAGUAAAUUAAAACGAUCAGAAUCGUUGACAAAAACUGAAAAAACUGAAUGUAAUAUUAGCAAGAGGCGACAAUCUGUUAGAAAAGACAGCGCGACAAAAUUAAAACGUAAAAAUGGUAUGCCCGAACGGUCGAUCAAACGUAGGCAUACCGUAGGCGGUACCAAGGACUUUGAUAAAGUACAUUGGUUGGAUAAUAAAUUGCAAGUCGAGGCUGAGAGAGUAGUUAAAAAUGAGUAUAGACCGAAGAAGAGUCAACUCAGAACAAGUUCACCGGAUUUAAGUACCGGUCGUAUUGGCCUUACCGAUGCUAGUUUUCUUAUAGAGGUUAGCUUUCGCGGCCCAAGUAAUGUCGUUUUUAACGUGACUAAUGCUCGUCCACAGUCCUUACCGGAUACUAGUUUAGCUUCCAAAGUGUUUAAAGUACCUCUCGAGAGUCACGUGUAAUAUUAUGUAAAGUAUUGCAUUGAAAAGGAAACAAGAAAACAAAACUGCGAAGAUAGAGAAAAAGAAAAUAUUAAUUAAUGAAUUAAAAUUCGUUAAAGCACCAACGUGUUUCUUUUUCAUCAAGCAUUUAUAUCGCAGCGUGUCAAUUAUUUACGUAUCGUACUUGUAAAAACGUGAUCGUGUGCAAUUUUUUGUAUAUAUAACGUAUAUAUAAAUUAUACAAAUUAUCGAAUGCUCUGCAAAUGCGGGUGUGUAUGUGUUUACGUGUAUGUGUGUGGUGUGUGCAUGCGUGCAGCGUAUAUUUAUAUACGUACGUACGCGCGUACACUCUUUAUAUCGCUACAACAAAAAAAAAGCGUUAUAACCCGUAGAUUUUGUAUUUCUUAAUAAUGCAAAAAUGUUUUCACGUAGUUUUAUAUUCAAUUAAACAUAUCGGCUGUGUGAUGUGUCGAUCAAAUUGAUUGACAUUUAUCAUUUGUUUAUGCAUUUUAAACAUAUUUGUAGAGUAGCAACGAUAUCCACGAUCUACGUUGCUUUUUUUCCCCAUUACGAAUAUUAUUCGUUCCUUCAAUUAUAUACACGAAUAUAAAAUAGACUGGAUUUAUUGAUACAUUUAAUCGACGAACGAAAUAUGAUGUUUCUUUUACUCGAACAAUUGUGAUUUCAUUCUUGAACACGAUUGAUCUAUAAGAAACCAUGGAAUCACGUAAGGCAGCUUACGAGCCUGACAAUCUUAGACUUGUAAGAUUUUCUUAAACUUGUAAAUACAUAUUAGGUAUGUACGCAAAUGAAACUUUAAGCCAAUGGCAAAGCGAUAUUUAUUUUAAAUCCGUAACAAUCGUGAUACUAUUAUUUAUUGAAUAUUCGAAAGAGAUACCUGAAAUUUGAAGAACAAGAAUAUGGAUAUACAUGGUAUCGAAUUUGUAAAUAAAUCUUAUAUAUUGCUUAUUUAGAAA